UGGAACGGAACGUUCCACAGCUGUCAAAAUAAUUUUACAGAACCUAUUGUAAUUGUUUAAGGGUUCAUUGACAUCAUACUCGAAAUCCAAAAGUAAUUGAUUAACAGUUUCAGAAUAAAGAUCCCAAUUAACGAGACGUAGGUUUAUACGAUUUAACAAAAGUUUAUUAACUUCAUCUAUAGGAGCAUGUUGUUCACCUGACGGAGUUGAUGAAGAGUUCUUUGUGUUUAUUUUAGUAAAAUUUGGCAGAUGCUGCAACGCUCAGAAUUCUUACAGAAUUUAGCUAAAUGUCCAUACCUCAAGCACCGGUAGCAUUGUUUAACUGGUGGUAUAUAUGGAGUGACAUUGUGGCGCCAACCUCCAAUAUCCAGAUAUUCAGGUAAUACAGAUGCAGCAAAAGUAAUUGUCACGGUUAGAGUUGGCUGUAACACAUAUCCAUGAGUCAAGAUUCUGAGUCAGUAGAAGUAUCUUCCGAAUAUAUAUCCUUGUCAUUACAAGGUUCAUGGUCUACAUCACCUGAAUCGUCAUCUUUUUUUUUCCUUUUUCUACAACUGCGCUUCCCCAUGAAUGCUAAUUAUAUUACUGUCGCUGAAUUUAGUGAAAAUAUAAUAUUUUAUCCAAUAAUAAGAAUUGAUAGAGAUAGUUUUAAUAAAUUAAUAAAAAAAAUUUAAAAAACCCGCUUGUUCUUAUUCGAGUUUCCCGCCUUUUUUCCUUGACGUUAUCAAGUGAAGGUUGUCAAUGUGAAGUAACAGAUAUUACUUUUUUUUCCUUUCUUGCAGAUAAUACUUGUGCAAGUCUUGAUUGAAUCACGUCAGGAUAAAUAAAAACAUGUAUAAAAUCUAUGCAAGCAGUUCAUAGCAUUUGAAAAAUUAAGAUAUGAAGUAGACAGGUUUUAUAUCUAUCAAUAAUUUACCUACCUAUUGAUAUCAAAAUUUUUGGCCGAGACAUGUUAUAAAUAGUUGUAUAACCGUUAUAAGAAUAUUCUGUCAAUAUUUAUUUCAUUAAUGUUUUGUUUGUGGAUGGAUGCAUAAAAUGAUUUUCUUAAUAUAAGGUCAAUAAUAAAGUGACGAGUUUUAAAUAAUAUAAUUAAGUGAUUUGAUGUACUUGCUCUUGCUCAGAAGUCAGUCAACUGUCAAUCAAGUAGUUUUUCUCUCUAGUUUUGAUCGAUCCUAAUCUGUUAUGCUUAUUUUCAAACUUAGUUUUAAACAGGCAAAAGAAAAUAAACUGUUUUGUUGAUUUCACAGUUAGUUUAUUCAAAGUAGUUAUCUAUUUUUUGUAAAAAGUAUCAAUGGCUAAACCAACGGUCAUCCAUUGGUUUCGCUUAGAUUUACGUAUACAUGACAAUCUUGCACUUCGUAACGCAAUAAAUGAGGCAGAAAACCGACAACACUUUCUAAGACCUAUAUAUGUCAUAGAUCCUGACAUUAAAAAUAAAAUUGGAAUUAACAGGUUAAGAUUUUUGAUUCAAAGCUUACAAGAUUUAGAUUUUAAUUUGAAAAAACUUAAUUCACGACUUUAUGUCAUCAAGGGAAAAGCUAUAGACAUUAUACCAAAGUUAUUUGAUGAAUGGCAAGUUAAGUAUUUGACCACACAGGUUGAUAUUGACCCUGAAAUCGUAAAACAAGAUGAAAUAAUUGAGAAAAUUGCCAAUGAGAAAGACAUAUUUAUUGUUAGAAGAGUUCAACACACCAUUUAUGAUGUUCACAGUGUUAUAAGGAAGAAUAAUGGUAAUGUUCCUUUGACAUAUCAAAAGUUUUUAUCAUUAGUACAAGAUUUACAAGUAAAGAGUACAAUAGACAUAUUAAAAUCAAUUUCUGAUCACUGUAAAACUCCAGAUAAUUGUUGUAAUGAUUAUAAUGUACCUAAUUUAGAAGAUUUUAGUAUUGAUGAAAACACAUUAGAUCUUUGCAAGUAUCAAGGUGGAGAAACAGUAGGAUUAAAAAGGUUGCAUAUGUACAUAGCAAAGAAACAAUGGAUAUGCAAGUUUGAGAAGCCUAAUUCCUCUCCAAAUAGUAUAGAACCUAGUACCACUGUUUUAAGUCCAUAUAUAAGUCAUGGAUGUUUGUCUUCAAAACUUUUUUACCAUAAAUUGAAGGAAGUUGAAAAUGGUGUACCUCACACUAUGCCACCUGUAUCAUUAAUGGGUCAACUAAUGUGGAGAGAAUUUUACUACACUGCUGGAACUGGAACAGAAAAUUUUGAUAAAAUGGUUGGCAAUUCUCUUUGUACGCAAAUACCUUGGGUAAAAAAUGAUGUGCAUUUAAAAGCAUGGGCAGAAGGUCAAACCGGUUAUCCAUUUGUUGAUGCAAUAAUGCGUCAAUUAAAACAAGAAGGUUGGAUACAUCAUUUGGCAAGACAUAUGGUUGCUUGCUUUUUAACAAGAGGUGAUUUAUGGAUAUCUUGGGAAGAUGGAGCAAAAAUUUUUCAAGAUUAUUUGUUAGAUUAUGAUUGGUCCUUGAAUGCUGGUAAUUGGAUGUGGCUUUCAGCUUCAGCUUUUUUCUAUAAAUAUUUUAGAGUCUAUAGUCCCGUAGCUUUUGGGAAAAAAACUGAUAAAGAAGGCCUGUUUAUAAGGAAGUAUGUACCAGAACUAAAAAAAAUUCCAUCUGAGUUUAUUUAUGAACCAUGGAAAGCUCCAAAAUCAGUACAGAUAACUGCUGGAUGUAUAAUUGGCGAAAACUAUCCAAAAAGAAUAGUAGAUCAUGAUAAGAUCCAUAAAGAAAAUAUGCAGAAAAUGUCAGUGGCUUAUAAAGUAAACAAAGAGAAGAAAUCAUUGAAAAGACCAAGGUGAAGGUUUCGAUGCUUAAUAUUAUCUCAUCAUUUUUAUAAUAUAUUCAUGGUUUUUCAUAGUACAGUGAGAGAGAAUAAAGAAGUCUAAGGCCUAUGAUGCAUCAUUGCAGCUUCCAGUUUUAUAGUCCUUGUCUAUUUCUAUAUAUAUAAAGUUCUUGUGUCACAGUAUCAGUUGCCAUACUUCUCCGAAAUGGCUUAACCGAUUUUGAUGAAAUUUUAUAUAUAUACUCGGUAGGUUUGAGAAUAGUAGAGAAUAUCUAUCUUUAAACAAACCAACUUUUACAUUUAAAAUAUUAGUAAGGAUAUAAUGAAAUGUAUUUAUAAAUAAUGUUAUGAUUUACUUUAUAUGCUUUAACAAUAGGCUUUUUGAGACUGUUUUUUGAACUUUGUGUAACCUUUUUCUAAUUUUCGAUUGAAUACAUAAGAAAUAUA